AGAAGGGUUCUCAAUACGCUUCCUGCAAAACCCUAAGCCCCAAGUCUUCUCAAUCUUCUCUGCCUCAAUCGUUUUCCCCUCAAAACGUAAUGGCAAAAACAAACGCUAAUAACAGUAAUGCCAAUAAGAAGAAGAAGAAGAGCUCGACCAAGAAGUUGCUCUCAGCCCCAAACGCCAAGGCCAUGAUUGCGAAACCUGUGAAGCUAAACCCUUUUGAAACUCUCUGGUCCCGCAGGAAAUUUGAUAUACUCGGCAAGAAACGGAAAGGUGAGGAGAAACGAGUCGGUUUGGCUCGUUCUCGCGGUAUUGAAAAGAGAAAAAGUACUUUAUUGAAGGAAUAUGAACAAAGCAACAAAUCUUCUGUAUUUAUGGAUAAGCGUGUUGGUGAACAAAAUGAUGCUCUUGGGGAAUUUGAUAAGGCUAUCUUACGUUUCCAACGCGAGCGACAGUUAAAUUUGAAAAGCAAGAAAAACAAAUUUAAUCUAUCUGAUGGAGAGGAGGAUGAUUCUGCAAUGGAAGGUGGUGGUUCAUUUUCAGCAAGGGAUGAUUUUGAUGAUGAAAUGUUGUCAGAUGAUGAUGGCUAUGCAGCUGAGACAAAGAGGAAUUCAUCCAUUAUGAAAAAAGUCAAUGCUCUUAACCCACAUGAUCCAUUGGAAACUAGUUCAAUGGGAGGAGAGGAAAAGAAGCACAAAAGCAAAAAGGAGGUAAUGGAGGAGAUUAUCUCAAAGAGCAAACAUUACAAGGCUGAAAAAGCAGUGCAAAAGGAAGAGGAUGAACAGUUUAUGGAACAGUUGGAUAAAGAUUUCACAGCCUUACUACAGUCUGAGGUGUUGUCAUCCUUGACUCAACCAAGCAAAAUUAAUGCAUUGAAAGCCCGUUUGAACAAGAGCAAUUCAAAUGAGCCUAUGAUGAAGAGUGAAUUAUGUGGUACACCUAGCAAAGGGUCUUUGAAACAGGAACAACCUGAUGCCUAUGACAAACUUGUUGGAGAGAUGGUGCUCGAUAUGCGUGCUCGGCCAUCAGACAGAACAAAGUCUCCUGAAGAGAUAGCCCAGGAAGAGCGAGAACGACUUGAGCGUUUAGAGGAAGAACGCCAGAAAAGGAUGUUUGCUGCUGAUGACUCCGGUGAUGAAGGCAGUGCUGAUCAUCAAGGUGUUGAUAAAUUAUCUGAUCAGAAGUUAAGAGCGAUUUCUGGGGAUGAUCUUGGUGAUUCCUUUUUCAAUGAAGAACCAGGCAGUAAAAAGGGUUGGGUUGAUGAGGUCCUUGAAAGAAAGGAUGCAGAAAAUCUUGGAAGUGAAGCAUCUUCAGAGGAUUCAGAAAGUGAUGAAUAUGAUAGUGAUCAGGACAAUGGAAGUGAUGAAAAUAUUCAUGAAUCUGGGGAUACUUUGUCCUUGAAGGGCUGGGAACAGAGUGAUGAUGACAAUCUCAGCACAGAUCUUGAAGAAGAAGAAGAAGAAGAAGAAGAAGAAGAAGAAGAAGAAGAAGAGGAGGAGCAGGGAAAACAAGGAGUAGAUGGCCUGGUUAAGAUGAAAGACAAGACCACAAUAGAAGUUGGGAAUAGAAAGGGAGAUCUUUUAAAUGUGGAGAGAAUGAAACCUAGUGAGGAACAUCCAGCCCGGAAGGAAGCCCUUCCGUUUGUAAUUGAAGCUCCAAGUACCUUUGCAGAGUUCUGCUCUUUAGUGAAUAAUAGGUCUGAUGCUGAAAUAGUAGAGGCUAUCAAUAGGAUUCGUGCAUGCAAUGCAAUCAGGCUUGCUGCAGAAAAUCGGAAGAAAAUGCAAGUGUUUUAUGGUGUCCUCUUACAGUAUUUUUCUGUAUUAGCAAAUGAAAAACCAUUGAAUUUCAAGCUAUUGAACUUACUGGUCAAGCCAUUGAUGGAGAUGAGUGUUGAUACCCCAUACUUUGCAGCUAUCUGUGCUCGUCAACGCCUACUUCGGAUUCGAUCCCAAUUUUGUGUGGCUAUCAAGAACCCUGAUAAAAGCUGUUGUCCUUCUCUGAAGACAUUGUUUCUAUUGAGGCUAUGGUCAAUGAUAUUUCCAUGCUCCGAUUUCCGUCACGUUGUCAUGACACCAGCGAUCUUGUUAAUGUGUGAAUAUUUGAUGCGUUGUCCUGUAAAAUCUGGUCGGGACAUUGCCAUCGGAUCUUUCUUAUGCUCCAUGGUUCUCUCCGUCACUAAACAAUCUCGCAAGUUCUGCCCGGAGGCUAUAAUAUUUCUUCAGACUCUUCUCAUGUCAGCUUUUGAUACAGAACUGGGUUCAUACCAGCAUUCCCAGUUUUAUAAUCUUAUGGAACUCAAAACACUCAAGCCCUGGCUGCGAUUACAGAAUCAUGUAUCAGAUAUUGAAGCUCUAGAUUUUCUUUCAGUGAUGAACUUGCCAGAGGACUCUCCUAUUUUUGGCUCUGACAAUUUCCGGGCCAGUGUUCUUGUUUCUGCCAUUGAAAUGUUACGGGGAUUUGCUACCAUCUAUGAAGGAUUCAACUCCUUCCCUGAAAUAUUCUUGCCUAUAUCCUCUUUAUUACACAAAGUGGCUAAACAAGAGAACAUGCCAGAUACAUUACAAAAUAAUAUUAGAGAUGUUGCUCAGUUGAUAGAGAAUAAAGUUCGUGAGCAUCACAUGCUGCGGCAACCGCUUCAAAUGCGGAAGCAAAAGCCAGUGCCAAUAAAACAACUAGUUCCGAAAUUUGAGGAGAACUAUGUGAAGGGUAGAGAUUAUGAUCCAGACCGUGAGAGGGCUGAGAAGAAGAAGUUGAAGAAACUUCUGAAACGGGAAGCUAAAGGGGCUGCCCGUGAACUACGGAAGGAUAAUUAUUUCAUAUAUGAGGUGAAGCAGAAGGAUAAUGCAUUGCAAGAAGAGGAAAGAGUCGAGAAAUACAAGAAGGCCAAAUUUUUCCUCGAAGAACAAGAGCAUGCUUUCAAAUCUGGACAGUUGGGAAGAGGCAGGAAAAGAAAAUGAUGUUUUUAGGUCUUGCCAUGACUUCUUUGGAGUUCAUUAUUUCUCAUCACUUCCAAGUACUGCCCUCAUCUUCAUGAGAUCAAGUGGCAAGGUGGGGUGCUCAAAGGCUGGGCGACUCCAUUUUUUGGCAUAACUCUUUUCAUCGGCAGAGGUUCCAUGAUAUAUUGAUAUAUACUUGGAGGUGAACAAUUACCCCAAUAACAUGUCAUGUCCAACGAAGAAGCUGAAGUUUAAGGUGCCUUUUUAUUGAGUUUCACUCGGGUGAUAGAUCAGGCACAGGGGAGAAAGCUUUGUUUUAAUGGAAGUUACCUGAAAAGCUGAUAGUUUUUCUAAAUUGUUGGCUUUUGUUUUUGUAUCACAUGACGCUUGAAAAUUCAGGGAACAACUCUUGGUCUGUAUUUGGUUGCAGCUUAGAAUGAUAUCAUUUAUUUUGAGCUCA